GGCAAAGGACCUGGAGGAGGUCAAGGAAAGGCUGCGGUGCGGGAACUACAAGUUCCACAAGCAUCCUAACUUCAUCUCGAUCAUGCUGCAUGGCCUCGAGAUCCGCUUCUCGGGUAGCUCCCAGCUUGAAAGCUUCUUCGACGAGAGCUCGUGGGAGUUGACAGCAGAUACCAGCAUGCCCAAGCAAGGGUCGUCAAUCACGUGCACGGGAGCGGUCACGUUGGGAGCUUACAAAGCUCACUCUGGCGGUUGGAUGUGGAAGAAGAUUUUCGGCUCCUAGAGCGAGCACGAGGAUAGUCCAUCCCUCCUUGCAACACGUCAUCAAGUUUGCAAUAUGACAAUUCAGUGUUUGUAAACACGUUCAUUCGCG